UUCAUUUAUCUAUAUAUAUAUAUAUAUACGAAUUGCAUCUUAAAAUUUACAAGUUUAAAUCAACCGAAAAUAUGUACAGACUCACGGUUUGUAUACUAAUUUUGAGUUUUCUUUUGUUCUCUGGAUUAUCUUACACGACACUAGCCCGGGUACAAUAUGCAUCUCCAAGUCCAAGAAAAAAAUUUGGAAAAGAAUUUUAGGACCAAAAGGUCUUCAACGAGAUCAAAAUUGGUGCAGCAGGCAGUGUUUCAAGGCGAGCUUAUUCAUGUCGUACAAGUUGUAAACCUAGCCAGUCUUGGAGAAUUGAAAGGAGGAAACCACGACAUAACAAUUAAGGCAUAUUAUUUGUGAGGUUUUUCCAAAAAAUAAUGAAAAUCACGGCUAAGAUGGCCUAUUACUACUAAACUAUAUAAACAUUAUUGCCAAAAAAUGGCCUAUUACAUACAUAAGAAAUUCAAGAUCGCAAGCAUAACUUACAUCACUUGUGCUCAGACUUGGUCGCAAGAUUCUAACCAUCACUAUGAUCAUUAGUCAUGUCUAAUAAAAUUCAUGUUCUCAUGUAAUCCCCAUAGAUACAUAUAUGUGAUAAUCUUAUCAUUAGAGUAAAUCAAUGUUUCGAGGUUCAUAAA